AUGUCACGAUUAUCUAAAUCAUAUUUGAUUGCUUAUAAUGGUAUAUCCGCAGUAUUAUGGUUAGCCAUUCUACAAACUUCAAUGUGGGAUAUAAUUGCAGUCAAAAUUUAUCAUGAUUCAUCAAAUUACUACAUAUCCCAUCAAUUCGAAGGUGAUUUUCCUCAUAAGUUACUUGUAUACACUCAAUUAUUCAACUCCAUAAUGGAAAUCAUUCAUUCUUUAACUGGAAUAGUGAAAUCACCUAUCCCUACUUUAAUAGUUCAAGCUGCUGCAAGAUCUUUAAUCACUUUAGGUAUAAAUUAUACCUUACCUCAAAGUCCAGGAAAUUACCAUUUUGUCUUUUUCAAUAUGAUUAUUUGGGCAUGGUCUACUAGUGAUAUCAUUAGAUAUAUAUUCUUUUCCUUUAAAUUGUUAUAUACUAAUAGUCAACCUCCAUAUUGGUUAAUUUGGUUACGAUAUUCUGCUUUCUUAAUGUUAUAUCCUAUCGGUUUAAUUAGUGAAUCUUCGGUGGUAUAUCUUUCAUUAUCAGUAGUUACCAAGAAUACAGCAUACUAUUACUUCUUAUUAUUUGGAUUAUCAUCUUACUUGCCUGGUCUUUACUUUCUUUAUGGUUAUAUGUUAAAACAACGUAAAAAAGUAUUAUCAAAAAAGAAUAAUUAA